AUGCCCUUACUCGAUCGAACCGAGGUCUCACCCUUACCCCUCCCCAGCCAACUCAAUCAACUCAAUCCAGACACCGAGCUUUGGCUGAUCCACCAGACGGGCGAGAUCUUCACUGACUACGAGUCUUAUGCCAAUCGAUACAUCUUUUACUCUCAGCCGAUCUUCAACCCAGCACACCACCACCAACCAACCGAACAACAACAACAACAACAACCAGUCUCAUUCUUCCAUGCACUCAACCUCGAACAACAGCACCUCGACCAGCUCAUCCAAUCCAAAUUCCCAAUCUCACUCAAACACCAACUCAUAGCCUCAAUCAACCAUCCAACUGCUCAACUACAACCAAACAUCGAUCAUCUAGUCAACUAUCUCUACGAACUAUACCACAACCGAUUCAAUGUGGGUGAGAAAGUCACUGUCGAUCUGGCAUUCAACCAAUUACAACCCAGUUCACCCUCCUCAUCCUCAGUCUACGAUGCCAAGGUCCUCAGGGUAUUCCCCCCCAAAUCAAUCAGAGAUCUCGAUAAGAACUCAUACUCCGACCUAAUCCAUCUCCAAUCCAUACAACGAUUCCAACUCGAUCUCAACCAAUGUCUAGAGAUCGAUCUGCCCAACCAAUACCUAUAUACCAUCCAACUCAUCGAUCAUGACCAAUCUAACUCGGAUAACUUUGGCGCGAGUUACAUGGAAGUGGAAACUAGGAAACUCAGUCGACACACAGAUACAUUCUCAAAAGCACUCUUGAAAAGAUUCCUGCAAUCUGUCCUAAUACCCUACUCAUCCAGCCAACCAGCCUUCCCCAGAUGGACCAUCCAUCCAGACGUCUCAAUCCCCAAUACCAUCCCAAUCAAACCGAUCCCAGUCCCAAGUUACAAAUCAUUAGUCAAGGACUACGACUCCAUCACUCGAAUCGCACUAGAACCCAAACAGGAUCAUUAUCUUCUCGAACCGGACCCCAAGAAACGCAAGAAGAACAGCUUCCAACCUGCCAACCAUCCACCCCAACACACAACACUACCUGAAACCUAUCAGGACUAUCUCAAUCAUUCAACCGAACUCAAGGAACGAUUAACUUGUGCUCAAUUCAUCCAUCUCUCAUCCAAACAGAAAUCUUAUCAGAUCGAUCAACUAGAACCCAAAGAUCAGUACUCCAUCGAGUCUUGUAACCAGAAGAAGUUGAUCAAGAAGAAGAGGAAGAAAUUUCCCGAUCCAAUCGAUCCUUCCACUAUCCCUCAUCCACUCAAUUCUCAACCUGAUCAUCUUCAUCACGAUCAUCAUCUAACCGUCAACACUCAACUAACCAACUCAGCCGAUCUUACCCUUACUCACAUCGGCACUACUACCCCUAGCACCGCAACAAAAGAAUCCAAGAAAUCAAUCAAAUACCCAAUUGAAGAUCUUGAUCUCGAUCCAUUCACCGUCAUUGAUGGCCGAUACCUACGACGAGCCAAUCCAACCCCAUUGAAGCUACCCAAAAAGCCACAGCCCAGCCAACAGAAGCUAGGUCGAAAAUUUGCACAGCGAUUGAAGAUUUGGUCAUUUGUGAACAUCUUCAAAUUGAACGAACAACGAUGUCGAUUUGAAGAGCUCGAUGAGAGUCUGGAUGAUUUGACGGCCAGUUUGGUCAAGUUAAUCCUCAGUCAAAGUCGAUUGAGAUACCCUACUACGAGAUCACAACGCUUUACUUCGAUCUCCGUCUUGCCCUUCUUUGCCACUCGUCCGGCUCAAGAGUGUCGAGCGAUGAGCAUCGAUGAGCGAGAGUAUUGGGUCCGCAAAGGUCUCCGGUUCGUGAAUAUCACUCGCAGGUUACACGAGUUUGCGAUGGCCACUGCUGCGGGAAAGCGGAAGAACAAUCGGACGGUACUCGAAGAGGAUUGGGUGAUGGGGCUGGUCGAGAUCAUGUGUCAUCGAGGUGGGAUCGAACGCCUGGGCUGUAUGGCCCGGAUGCUCAAGUACUUCUUCUCGACCGAUGCCACCCUCUUGACGAUCGAUCACACGAUCGACGAGCACGAUGAUCCACUGCUCGAUCAAGCCAAUAACACCCAAGACCCACAUCCCAAGACGAAACCCGAACAGGCUAACAACACCUCACAGACUUGCCAUCCUGAUUUGGAAGGAGACAGUCCUCUGUCGAGCAACAUCGAUGAUAGUUUGUCGGCCCAAGAGAGUGAGCUCUCGGAUCUGGACAAGGAGGAAGACGUCGAGCCUGAAGCUGGCGGGACAGAAACGGCAGAUGAAGAUGGACGCAGAUAUGGCAGAUCGAUUCGUAGCCAACGAAGCAAUCCUAGGGUCUUGAAGAAAACUUUGGUCACUCGUUAUGCGUCUCUUCCUGUGGACGAUAAACUCAAUCUGAUCGAGUUCCUCUGUGAUCUGGCCACUGAGACCCCACGACUGGAAGAACUGGCACGUCUCGAGACUCGUAAGGCUGAAGCAGCACUCAAAGCCCAGCCAGCCUCGACCACUACUGAACCUAGUAGUAGCACGACCGCCAAGGAAGGUGUGCAAUCACCAGCAACCGAGAAGACGGAGCCAAAGCGGGAGUCUGCAGGCCCGACGCACGGCUCUCCGGAGGUGAUGUUGGGGACCGGAGGCAUAGUGGGUGGUGGGGAGGCGGAAGAUGAGGGGAGCAGUAAGCCACGGUCGAGCGGGCCGAGCAAGCCGACGACGACGGCGACGUUCAACUCGAGUGGCAGUCGGUCAAUGUCGCUCGAUGGGCCUUCGAAGCCGGAGUCCCCGGAGACGCAACGACAGUCCAACAAGCCGGUCGGCCGAAGACUGGAGACGGCGGUCCGAACGGCUACCCUACUUGCUCGUCAGAUCAAACCACCCUCACCUACCAAUCCCAGUGAUUCCGCUUCGGAUCCUCAGGCGAAAUUCGCGACUGAGAAGGCCACACUCGACGGCCAACUUUUUGACGUCGGCCUCAAAGAACUCUUCUUCCUCGAACGAUUUCGGCAGUUGAUUGGUGUGGCGAAGCUCAAACCAUUAGGGACCGAUCGGUUCUUUUGUAAGUAUUGGUGGUUCGAUGGGGUCGGUGGAUUGGAGAUCCAUAGCACCAAAUCAUCCAAGCCGGGCUCAUCCCUCGAUCCUCCUCGCCCUUCAUCAUCUUCUCAUCAAACUCCUGAAGAAGAAGAACAACGAGAAGAAGAAGACGAAGCAGAAGUGAUCGAGACGAAUUGGUAUGCCGGCUGUCUCUUCAUCUCCGGCCCUACGCUGGAUGAAUGGGAGAAGAUCUCGAGCAUCUAUGGCGGUCAUCAGCAGCUCUUCAAACGUCGGUUUCAUGAAGAAUUGGGCAUCGAUCUUGGGCCUCGUCCUCUUGUCGAUACUCAUGCUCAUAAUGAUCAUCUAGGGGUGGAGCAACUUAAACAACAGAUCGUCGGGGUCGAUGAGUGGGCUAUUUAUGAAACUGAAGAACAAAUAGAAGAAUUGAUCAAUUGGUUGAAUGCUAAAGGCGUCCGAGAGAACAGUCUGAAGUCGAACCUGAAAGAAUGGAAAGAGUAUAUCUUGGAUGGGAUUCUCCAACGUCGUCGUCUCAACCAACAGCAUCAAGAAAUGAGUACUACUCCUCGACUCAAUGGUAAUAAUACUGGUCAUGGUAAUGAUGAUGAGCAUAAAGUCAUCGAUCAUCAUAGUAGUGAUAGUAGUAGUAGUAUUAGUGAUCAUGAUGAUAGUGAGCUUGAUGAAGACCAAAUCGGAUCUGAUUGA